GUCACCUCUUGUUGUUACACGUUGACUGUAAACAGCAGCUAAAAUUGCGUUUCAGCAUGGAUUUCGAUGGUGCAUUUUAAUUAUUACAUUUUAAAAGCAGUGUACCGGACUUUUUAUUUUAAAUAAAUACAAUUAAAAUGUCGUUGGAACUCAAGGAACUAACGUUAGCUAGCGCUAGGCUAAUGUUUGUGGACGUUAGCUAGCAACAGACACUUUUAAGCCAGGUGACGACUUUAUUACUGUGUAGUCGGUCGGGUCAGGUAAGAGAACUGAAUUUAAUGAACACCAUGAUCAAGUGUUUGCCUAAAGAGGUUCAGGGGAAACUUCGGUCCGGUGUUGCUAUCCCCUCACUUCAGCAGUGCGUAGAGGAGCUUAUCCUCAACAGCAUCGACGCCGAGGCGACCUGUGUGGGAGUCAGGAUGGACAUGGAGGCGUUCAAAGUUCAGGUAAUCGACAACGGUGCUGGGAUAAACGCAGAUGAUAUGGAGUCCGUGGGAAACAGAUACUGCACAAGCAAAUGCAGCUCCGUUGAAGACCUGGACAACCUCAAGUGGUAUGGUUUCAGAGGAGAAGCCCUGGCAAGUCUAGUUUCUCUCGCCACACUAGUUGAAAUCUCAUCCCGGACCAGAUCAUCAGUGAAAACUCAUGUCAAAAUCUUCAAGGAUGGCAAGGGCAUGGAUGUGUUUGAAGGAGAGACUGCUCGACCCUCUGCAGGGACAACUAUUGUAAUUUGUAACUUUCUCCACAACAUGCCAGUGCGGAGGAAGAGGAUGGAUGCUGUCCUGGAGGGUGAGAGGAUCAGACACAGAGUGGAGGCUAUUUCUCUGAUGCAUCCCUCUGUGUCUUUCACCCUGAAGAAUGACUGCACGGGAGCCAUGAUGGUGCAGCUUCCUAAAGCUAGAAACACCUACCACAGGUUUGUUCAGAUACACAGCCUCGGGCGAGCGCAGAAACUUGGAGAAAUCAGCUUCACGCACGGGCAGUUUGAAGUGAUCGGCUACAUUGGCAGAGAGGGCCACUACAACAACAGCUUACAGUUCCUGUAUGUAAACGACAGAUUGCUCCUGAAAACAAGGAUACACAAGCUUCUGAACUUUCUCCUGCGCAGACUGAGCAGUUCAAACCAGAAAAAUGACAGUCCAGAUGGGCAGUCUCCCGUCAGGAGUCCAAAGCUCAAACGCAGCCAAGAGCAGCAUGGAGUAUACAUCAUCAAUAUAAAAUGCUCUUACUCAGAGUACGACAUUUGUCUUGAGCCUGCCAAAACUCUAAUAGAGUUCAAAGAUUGGGAUGGCAUUUUGCUUUGCAUAGAAGAGGCAGUGAAAGCUUUCCUCAGCAGGGAGAACUUGGUGGCUGUGCUCUCUCAAGAUGACUUUGACUGUGUACCACCCGAAUUGUUUGGCACUCACAAUACAGACCAAGAGGUGCAUAACACCGGCAAUGGUGGCCAAGCAACUAGCAGUGCUUCCUCAAUAGAUUGCAGUAUUGGAAUGAAACUGUCAUCUGAUCCUGUUCAUCGAAAGCGCAAAGAUGACUGUGUAUGCGAGGACAAUGUUAGCCGGGAGUCGGGUCAGAUGGAGUGCAAAGAAGACAACGAACAACAUGGGAAGAAAAAGAUAACGGAAAAUGAGUUGGAAAAGAUAAAAAGUGACGGAAGCAUAAACAAAGACUAUAGGUAUGAGGCACUAUGGGAUCUGGCUACAUCUGAUAUUAACAUUACUGAGGAAGAGGAGCCAACAUCCAUUGAAGCUGGGGAAGGCUCUCAAAUGUUAUGCAUGUCAAGUUCAGUCAGACAAGUAGAAAGUGAAAAACUGGAACUCUCAAGAGAAAAAGAGAUUUCAUUAAACAAUACUGUCUCAACCGGCCACAUGACUUCACCAGACAUUCAACAAAUUCACUCUGAUUUAAACCGUAUUGAUCAAAUAUUGCCUCACUGCCAGGAGACAAGAGAACAUAAACAUACUUUAAUAAGUAACAGAAAGAUCAGUCUGCUCAAUCCAUACAUUCAUGAAAGUCUGCUGACUCCAGACUUGUCCCAAAUCAACAAGUCAGUAUUUCAGCAGCACACUUUAGUGCAGAAAUGUGAAGAGAGAUCCUUUGCAUCAAAACGCAGAAUCUCACUGGAUGCCGGCCAUGACAGAACUUGUCAGAAACGAUGCAAAGACUUCACUUCUAUUAUUCCCUUUAAGAUUCCCAGAAUUGCAACUUGUCAAAAGUUGUCUUUAUGUAAGGAGUAUGGAUCCCUUGAGAAGUUUAGAAGAGUGUAUGGUAAAUCUGAUGAACUAAAAUUACCCUCUCAAGAGAUUAAUACUAGACCUCCUCAGUCAGACAGCUUUCUUUUGAAUUCCCAGAAUGUUUUGGUUUGCAAGAAAGAUCAGCGAAAUAAUGGGGUUACAGAGAAAGAAAAACAAGAGACACAGAGCAGCCAUCGAAGCCCACCAACCCUCUCAGCAUUCAAGCUAGAACCAGUCUCAGUGCAGAAUAAGGGCAAACAAUCUCUGGCAACUAAACUCUGCCAUUUGAAGCAACACGGGACAGACAAUUUAAAAGUAUUACCACAGGACAACACCUGUCUCAGUAGUGGUAAUGUUGACACCCAAGACGGUAAUAACAACAACGAUCACUGUGAAACCGCACUGAAUCCUGAGCCAGUCCCACGUUGUGGUACAAAUCCUCUGCCGGCCGAGAAGGAAGAAGCUACAACAUCAGGCGACUGGCUUCAUCACUACGAUACAUCUGUGGGAAAGACAGUUUACGUCAACAAAGUGACUGGGCUCAGCCGAUAUGAAGAACCACCGGCUGAAGAGACACACGUGUACUGUACAUCUGAUGUCACCAACAUGGCCGUUAGUGUCAUCUCUAAAAUGGGGAUGGAAUACAGGUGUUACCCUUUUCAGGUGGAUCUAGUGUUGCCCUUCUUACCUAAAUCCAGGACAGACAGAGUGCUUAGUUCAGGGCUUGGUGACAGAGAUGCCAACAGUGGAAGCCCCAACUCACUGACGUCGUUAUACUCAAAAUGGAAAAACCCUGUGUUUGUUCGACCUCCUGCGGUUGGUGUGGACAUAUCAAGUGGGCAUGCCGACGGGCUGGCUGUCAAGAUCCACAACAUCCUGUUUCCAUAUCGUUUUUCUAAAGCCAUGAUUCACUCAAUGAAGGUUAUCCAUCAAGUGGAUAAGAAGUUUCUUGCAUGUCUUAUCAAUACAAGAAACGAGGAGCCUGCAGCACUCACUGAAACUGAAGGAAACCUUCUGGUGCUGGUGGAUCAACACGCUGCACACGAGAGAGUUCGACUUGAAAAUCUAGUUGCAGAUUCCUAUGAGGAUGACCCGGAGGCACCAGGGGACAGACGUCUGUGUUCAUCAACCAUUUUGCCCCCUCUCGAGAUCAGUGUAACAGAAGAAGAGCUAAGGCUGCUGAGAUCUUGUCAGGCACAUUUGCGGAGUUUGGGCCUGGAAGUGAAAUUCUCACCGGCAGCAGAGCUACACGUUUUUGUAGGGAAGGUACCACUGUGCUUCAUGGAGAAGGAGAGUAAUGAGCUCAAGCGGGGGAGACCAUCUGUUAUCAAGCCUGUUGUUGAGGAGUAUCUACGAGAGCAGAUUGAGUUACUCCGCUCGACUGGUAGAGUGAGAGGAACUCUUCCUCUCACUGUGCUGAAGGUGCUAGCCUCCCUGGCAUGCCACGGUGCCAUCAAAUUCAAUGACAGUCUGAGCAGAGACGAAUGCUACAGCUUGGUGGCGUCCUUGGCCUCCUGCCAGCUGCCCUUCCAGUGUGCCCACGGCCGUCCAUCCAUUGCUCCCUUAGUAGACACCCUCCAUUUGGACAACGACGAUAAGGAAUUACAGAAACCCAACCUCCAAAAGCUGAGAAGAAUGUAUAAAGCGUGGGAACUAUACGGAAAUAGAUAAGAGGGUGUGUAUUUUAUUUUUAAUGUGUGGUUUGUCAACAAAAUGAAUUUUAACACAUUAAAAAAAUCUCAUAUUAAAUGGCUCAAACUGUCAAAUUACCCCCAAAGCUCUGUAGACAAAACAUUUAGUUUUAUACACACCUGUGAAUUCAUCGAGGGACUUUGCUAUUUAUUUUAACAUAUUGUCAAAAAUGAAUAACAUUUAGUUUGGUAAGGACAAAGAAAGAGGAAAUACUAAAAUAAAUAAACUUAAAAUGAGUAAACCAACACCAGUUUGAUUGAUUUUCCACAGUACAAAAUAAUGUGCUUUUAGAAAAAUGUAUUAAAACAGAUAUCUCUUUUUGCAAAUGAAUACUUAUAAACAUUGAUGAAAUGUGACGCAUUCAGCAUCAGAAACGCAGUAAAAGACACAUUGUGGCGACCAUGCUAAUGUCCCCAAACUUGCAGUUCCUCAGUAUCCUUCAGUUUGAGUGAAUACGUUUUUCGAGCACAAUCAUCAACAACUUGUCGGUCUUAAAAAAUGUGCCACGUGGUCAAAGCAAGAAAACAGCAAAUGGAGAUGAGGCUGGAGAGCAGCAUUCACAUAUUGGUGGACUCCCUUUAAGACAGGAAAUAGCAGUUAAAUAAUAUCAGACUUGUCAAAACUCUUUUUAAAACACUAUAGUCAACUUGAAUUUUUGAGAAAAAGCAAUGAAUCACACAGAGGAACAAACUAUAGUUUCAAACACAGAGGAACAAACUCAAGCUUGUUCUUCUUCUGACCAAACCCCAAACAGGUCAUUGCCGUCUGCUGUUAAAGGCAAAACACCUGCCAUGACAGCACACACGGGGAUGUUGCCAAUAGAGAAAAUGUAAACCCAUAGAGAGCAGCUGCAAUUUUCCGCCAAAGUGGUGAUUAACGUAUACACUAAACAUAUUUUGCUCUUAAUUUACUGUUUGUUUGUCGCAUCUCAGUUCCCAAGAUGUGUGAGCUUGUGCAUCACGGGGGGUCCGUUUCUCCCCUUUUUUAAUCUGGCAAAGAGGUUACAAGAGUUGUAUAAUGUUGCAUCAUCAUACAUUGAUUUAUCAGUAGUAUGAUUAACAUAAUCCCUCACCUCCUCCUGGCUCUUUGCUACCAUGCCAUGCUUUUAUGUUCAGUUUGACCAGUUGGUCUGGGACCCUCG